AUGACAGGAGCACUUCAUUUGCAGCUGAUGCCGUUGUAUGUGGUGGACACAAUGAGCGGCAUGCCGGGCUUGCCGGGCCUCUUCAUCGCUGGCAUCUUCAGUGGUUCCCUGAGCACCGUCUCGUCGGCCGUCAAGUCGCUGGCUGCCGUCACAUUGGAGGAUUACUUUAAGCCACUGUACGUGCGGUACCGGGGCCACCCGCUGGGGGAGUCGCGGUCGCCGCUUGUGGGGAAGCUGCUGGCACUGGUGUUCGGACUGCUGUUUCUGGGACUGGCUUUCAUGGCGCAGUUCCUCGGUGGCGUGCUGCAGGCCAGCCUCACGAUAUUCGGCGCCGUCGGCGGACCCGUGCUCGGCUUCUUCUCGCUCGGCAUGUUCCUGCCCCACGCCAACGAGCCGGGAGCCAUAACGGGCCUUGCCACAGGGCUCGCCUUCUCCAUGUGGGUCGGCUUCGGCGUCCCCCGGCCGGACGCAGUAAGGCUGCCCACGAGGACGGAUGGCUGCGACUUCAACAUAACGGCCACACCGCCGCCGCCCACCCAGGACCCAAGCGAGUACUUCUACCUGUACCGCGUGUCGUACCUGUGGGUUGUCGUGCUGGGAUCCCUGCUGACACUCGUCGUGGGCGCCGUCGCAUCGUGGGUGGCGGGCGUCACCUGCGGGGGGGACCGCAGCGUGCCGCCGCCAGACCCCGACCUCUUCGUGCCGCCAGUCCGGAGGGCGCUGCUCGCGAGGAGAGGGCACAGGGGCUCCAACUCGCUGCAGCUGACACGUGUGGUAGGUGACCUGUCCAAUGGUGUGGGACCAGCUGCAGACACCAAAACCCAGGAGGAGCCGCUCAAUGGCAUAGAUGGCCACCACGUCGCCCCAAUGUGAUGUCGACAGAGUACAGUGGGGACUGCUGUGAGCUGAAAGGUGCUGAUCUGUGGGUUCCCAACCUGAGACAUUCCAGCCUUCUCUACAGAGGCUGCAACAACUUUGUCCAUUUAUUUUCUAGUUUUGUAAAAAAGGAAAAAAUUGUAAACACUCAGUAUUCCUCAGUUUGUAAUAGCUGUGCUUUUUAUUCUCAGUUCUCUUCUGUUCAGCUGAAUUGCUGCAAAUAAUGAAGCACUGCAAAAUCAGUUUUAUAGGUGCAUGAAGCUUCGACAGAAGCAGCCAAAGAGAGUGGGAGAGAUUAUAUGAGGCAGAAAAAUGUUGCUAAAGUUAACUGGUGAUGCAAUGCUGUGCAGUGUAGAAACUUUCACAAAUGUAACAUUUCAGUGGACUUAUUAAAUAUGGGCAAUUGCUUACCUGGUAAACUGUGAGCAAAAGUAUGACAAUAAUUAUUACAAUAUUGGAAAAAGUUCUGACCAGGAAAUCAAUAAUCGUGUGAUGAAGAACAAUACUACAGAAGGGAGGAGGCAUUGGAUGGUGUAAAAAUGGCUGAAUAAUAUUGUUGAAUGGCAUAGAAAAGAUGCCUCCAAAAUAAAACUAGUUGCCUAUAAAAGGUCACAGAUACAAACCAAUCAAAAAAUUUGCACAUGUACGUUUUCCAUCAUAUUUGCUGCACUGUAAUUAUUUUUCUAGAGCACGUUGCACUUUAGAAGAAUCUGUCUUGUCUUGUGUUUAUGGGUUCCUUGCCAAAGUAAAUUUUUUUAAGGUUAAAA